AUCCCCUUGAAGCAGCAUAGUUGAGCAACGACAGGUUGCAUUCAGAUCCAGGAGUGCGCUUAUACCCUCGAUAGUAAGUCUAUUGCUGCUAAUUUUACAAUACAUUCUCACUCGCAACACUGACUGGUGGAUCAGUACGACAAGCGAAUAGAAGACACUUGUUGCUUUUGUAUGAGUCUUGCGCUUUUCGGCAUUAGCUCUUUCCUUUUAUGUAGAACAGCUUAGUAGAGACUGUUUCCUAAUAUUUCUUGAUGUUCCUGAAGAUUUGGCUCGGAUUAUUUCUUGUUUCCGGACUACACAGUCAACAUAUAUCAUACAUCAUAUCUGUACCAGCAACGACUUCAUUGAGUAACAGAAAGAAAUAGAUUGAUAUACGAUAAAGAUCAACAAAAUGGCUGCAUCGUCAAAACCAAUUUUGCUUGUGAACGGUUUCGGUCACUUUCGUGCUGAGGACUGCUUGACGACACAGGCCUUCACAGCCCUCUGCAAGGAAAAGAAGGUUCCGUUUGAAAUUGUAUCCUUCGAUUUCCAGAAACCCUCGGCUUCGGGUCCAGUCUGUCGCGGCUAUGUGGAGAAAGCGCACGAUCAGUAAGUCGAGAAUCUACUCUUUCUCCUGCAUAAUGCUAGGUGUUCGUAAAGCAUCUUUUUUCAGCAAUUCUUGUUUACGAACUCAUAUCUUUCAGCGGAACGAAGGAAAGCUCAUUCAGGAGAAAAAACGAAAUUAGGUAGAGGUUUCCCCACAGAAAGACCGGACGUUGUAUCUUGAUUAGAUGCGAUAAUUUUCUAUUUUCAGGUUUGCAGCAAUCGUUAUUAUCGAUUUGAGCGUUUGCUUUACGGAAUUCAUGUAUUACUUGGGUGGUCCAAUCGAGAAGUACGUCCGAGGGCACAAGGGGUGCGUGGCGUUCCCAACCACGGAAGGUGGCAGCUGGCUUAGCCGUUGCGGGACCGAGCUGUUCCCAGAAAUCAAAUGGAAGUUUGACGGCUACUAUCGAGCAAAGCAUUGCGCAGUGCAACAGAAUGCUAGCAAUGUCUCUCGCUUUUUCCCGGGAAAGGAAGAGUUUUACUUUUCUGUGAAGUCGUGCAUGAUGAAGAAUGUGCCGGUAGAAGAGCGGUUUUUCGCAACAAGAGAAGGCUCGCAGUUGUUUGGCGGCAUGUUCGGCAACAUGUUGCCGUCUGGCCCCGCUAAGCCAGAUCGCGGAACCGAAGACGGGACAGCAACGUGCGUGGCGGUCAAGUCCGGGGGCUCCAUCGGUGGUACCUUAGGCUACUUUGGUGACGUAAAUGCGGAAGCAUCCAUCAUGUCCUUGGUGCUUUCUUUGGUCCAGAAUGCUGCUGCUCCGAAGAUGGUUGCUGAUGCCUCCGUUGUGGAGGCGCAUGGCAAGUUUCAACCACAGGCUGCCUAUGCCGGUACGUCGGAGAUCACCCGCAAGGAACUGCAAGAGCGUUUGUUGAACGGCGUCGUUACCAUUGUCUUCGAUAAGGUAUUGCUCUACCUUCGCAUAUCUGCGUCUUCGUCAUGAAUAGGAAGCACAUUGGAAUCAGAAUUCUUUAAUGUCCUCGCUGAAGACCCUCUCUCUCCGUUGUCGCUUUAAUUUUCAACAGCUAAGAGAAGCUAACGCGAGAAGAUACACGAACAAUUAGAUUUACAUCUCUUUUUGAUAAACCAUUACAGGUUUCAACGGACCUCACGAGACGCAUGCUCGCCACGCGCGAUCUAUCUUUAGUGAACGUUUCCCGACGACCCAAAGACAUGAAAGCACAUGAAGCGGAGAACUUCUCAGCCGAGGGCGUCAUCAAGGUGUUCGAUUUGCUUCCGAAGGAACCUGCUCGCUUUGCCGAUGCAGCCCCCGCUGGUUGGCGCAGUUUCCAUUUCGAGUCGAUUACGGACAUCAUUGUCGAAGGCCCAGGCGUGCGGAAGUACUAUUUCGAUAAAGAAAACCACCAGGACGAUGGUGGAUAUGAAGAAGAGGACUCCGAGGACGAGGGUGACGACGAUUCCUCUCGAUUGUCUGAUGAUGUUGUCACGAAAUAUUUUGAAGGAAGAAAGAAGAAGUUUCCGGAGAUCUAUCAGGACCAGGAUACAAUCUUCGGUUUCGAUGAGGGUCAGCAUCCGAAUGGUACGCGACUGCGAAUUUACGAAAUGGGCGAUCGCAAUCGACCAAUCACAUUUACCAUCCGAGGAAGCGCAAUGAAGUCGGAAUUCGGUGAUGACGAGGAAGAAUUCGACUUCGGGUUAGGCGGCGGCAUGGGCCACCUCGGUUUACACGAUAAAAUUCCUAAGUAUCGAGUAACAGACAAGUCCGGUGAAGUUCUUCACAUUCCCAUCGAAGACUGCCAUGGCGAUGCGGCAUGCUACAAAGUUUUGUAAACCAUGUCUUGCGCAAUUGCCUUCAUCCUGGCAUAUCAGACAAUCUGAUCCUCGUACAACCAUGUGAAUGAAAGAUAGACCGUCUAGAAGCCUAUUCGCACAUUAUACCAACUAGGGCUAUCUUUCUUGAUUUCGUGUUGUACAAGACAAGAUGAAGCAUGUACUUACUCCAAUGCAACAAGACUUCGGAUGAUUGGAAUAGUUGACAUUCUACUUACUUGACACUGUCAAAAUUCAUAACCGGCGAUUGCGUAGUGACAUGAUCAUAUUACAGCUCUCGCCCCCCUUUACCCAAUUCUUCUUCUUGUUGUGUCUGCCGUAGAAUCAUUGAAUGAUUAUCCUUCCCUGAAAGGCCAUUCCUAUAGAUUGCGCAAGCAUCAAACGUCCCUCCAAAUGAAAUCUCACCUUCGAAUCCCACUUCAAAAAUAGAUAUUAAUGUAGGAAUUUCCCAUUUCUUGAAGCUGUCCCCCGUCCACAAUAUUGAAUGUUGUACAAUUAGUCAGAGAAAAUUCGCACCGGCGCUCUUUUCGUAAUGUGACAAGGUCCUACUUGUCUUCUUUCAGCGGCGUGAAUUCGUUGGUUUCCAG